UGUAUUCUAAUUGUUCUUAUUCCUUCCAGCAACCAGACUGGCGAAUGUUUUCGGGACCUCAUCCUUUUGAAGCGGCCACCAUGGAGAGCCUCAGCGAGCUGCAGAACCCCCUGCUGGACAAAACCAACCGACAAGCGGCGCACAACGACUACCAGGGCUACCGGUGCGAUUACCCCAGCCAGCCGUACCAGGACAGCCUCAUCGGCUACUACUACAACGGGACUAACGGCGAGCAAAAGACUCAACAGUUCCUGGACGCCAAAUCUCUGCAUCUGGCCGUGGAGGCCUUCUACAGACCCAACUUCAUCCUGUGCAAAGACGACGUGAGCCUUCACAGCAAGGACUCCAAGAGCGAGAGCCUGGAGACCACUUUCACGGAGACCAGGGACGCGGAGACGGACGGAGCUUCCACGGAAAACCCGCUGGGCGGCACACAAGCAGAGAAGGAUGCCAAGAUCCAGACGGUGUCGUACGACGUGGAGGACGAGCAGGGUCCCGAGUACGAGAGUGACAGCUCCAGUGACAGCGAGAGCGAGGACAACUUCUUCGUGCUGCCCCCCCGGGAUUACCUGGGCCUCGCCAUCUUCUCCAUGCUCUGCUGCUUCUGGCCCUUGGGCAUCGUUGCCUUUUACUACUCUCACAAGACAGGCAAGGCCAUCUCCAAGGGAGACUUCUCCCGGGCGGGAAUGAGCUCCAGGAGAGCGCUGUUCCUGGCGGCGCUUUCCAUCACCAUUGGAACGGGGAUGUACGUGGGGGUGGUCGUGGCGCUGAUAGCCUACCUGUCCAAGCCCGGGCACGCAUAGCAACGCGUGGCAUCGCAUGGAGACGGAGGAAAAGAGGGAAGACGAGGUUGGAAUAAAAAAAAUGAAAAAAGGGGGGGGGGGGCUCUGCGAUGAGAAAAGACUAAAUCAGAGAGACAAGGGAAAAUAAGCUGUGCGGACGGAGUGCUGCUGACAGCGUAUUGAUCCGACUGCAUCUUUAUUUCUGGGAUGCAACACUCCCACCGAGCUGACGCUGAGAAGGACGACUACUCACAAAGACUGAGACGCUAAAGCCUAGCAGGACCUACCCACCUUUCACUGUCCUUUACAGCUGUUUCCUUUUACCUUUACAGUAGCUGUGUUCUCUGCCAACACUAUUGCAGAUUGUAUAAUUGUCCACUUUGUAAAUUAAUUUCUUAGAAAAACAUGUGAUCGUUUAUUCAAGGAACACGCCAGAAAAGAAGAAAGUGGACCCUAAAAUCCAAAGUAAAAAACACAAAGCGAGCCGCUGAGCAGUGGACAGGAGAGUUAUUUGUGUUUAUUGUGUACUGUAAAUUAGGUCAAUAAAUACUUUUGGCAUGAAUAAUGAAAAGUCA